GCUGAGCACUGCACAGUGUCACAGUGCAGCCUGCAGAAACCUGUAUCAUCAGUAUAGGACUAUGAUCAGCUGCCUUUGUGCCUUGCAAAUAGGUACCGUAGGUAGCCACCAUUAAACUCUGCAUAAGCUUCUAGGUAGGUAUCUGAAAUCCAUCCAAUCUUAUUUAGGUGGUGAACACUGAAAUCCUGACCGAAGCGCGUGCAGGCGACUUCAGAUACGAAGCAGUCCUAGCUGCUAAAUCCAGCUUAAGGCUUUGCACCUUCAAAUCAGGGAACUGCCAGAGUGUGCAUGUUGCCUUGUGAGGUUGGAAAAAUGGAUUUUGACAGGAUGAAUCAUUCUGCGACAGCGUUUGACAGCCUGCCCCAAGAGAUUGUUGCAUACAUACUGCAAAAGGUUCCUCCGGUCCGGGGUACCGCUGAGAUCAUGGUUGAUCAUCUUCGGGGAUCAAAGGGCCUAGCACAAUCAUCAAUGGCUGUUCUUGCACGCAUCUCCACGGUCAACAAACAAUGGAGAAGGCUUUGUAGCAACCCAGAAUUGUACAAGCAUGUAAAGAUCUAUGGCCUGCUUCCUGCUGGCGCCCUCCAAUGGUUGGCACCUCGAGCCGGCAAGAUAGAGAGUUUGAGCUUCUCUAACCUGGUGGCUGCAGUUGGCUGCGCUCAGCCUCCGCUUCAUGUCGGCAGCUUCGGCCCUGACCCAAGAUUCCCAAAGCCUGCUCAGUUUCGGCACCUCUUUGCUCCAGACCCUGCCGCUUACAUGAGGGGACUUGAAGCAGUGUUGCAGGCCUGCACACACAGCCUAAAUUCCAUCCUGCUCUCUGCUGUUAGCUCGGUUUUCUCCCAAGGCAUCCUUGGCAUGUUUGCAAGGCACAGCCCAAACCUGAAAUGCAUCAAGUUGGAGGAGAACCAAUUUGCUGGGGCGCACGGGGGCUUGUGUCAGAUUGCUGCCGGGUGCCCUCUCGUUGAAAGGUUCUCCAUCAGCGAGAUGGAGUACAACAUGGAGGACGAGAACUCCUCCCUGAAUGACAACACGAUGGGGGAGCUUGUCUUCCACUGGCGCAACCUGAGGCACUUCUCAGUUGACCGCAACGCAAUCACACUCCAAGGCUUGUGCCUGCUUAGGCACUGCGAGAACUUGCAGACUCUCUACAUCGGGUAUCUCCGUGAUUGCGGGGACCAAUUCUUCGAGAGGUUCCCUGCUCCAGACAGCAUGAUCCUCAGCCGGUCAGUCAAGGAUAUUGUGAUUGAUGUGCCAGCAAUCACCGUCAGUGGAACCAUACGCCCACUUGUGCUCUUGUGCCCCAACGUCGAGGAUAUUGAUAUCGUACACGAAGAGUGGAGCUGGGAUGACGACGAGGGCGUUUUGGACAAUCACGAAGACUUAGCAGUCCUCCAGCAAGAGUACCCAAAGAUUGUCUUCAAACGUUUUGGGGAGCCUUUCAAUAUUGUGGCGGAGAGGAUUCAAGAUGAUUGUGAUUGAUCCUUAUUACUUUAAGUUUGUCUCACCAGAGACGAAAAGAGGCGUAGAUUUGUGGACACCACGAGUGCGUUGAGAGCAGUACUUGAAGAUGCCAGUUGUAAUCAACUCAAGCUUGAUGCUGGUGCUAGCCGUUUUCACAAACGAUGAACCCCGUUUAACAGGGCUGCGAUACAAACCUGCACAUUCUUGACAAACUGGUAAAUGAAAUUAUUCUUGCCUCCUUGAUCCCUUUAUGUUGCCCUC